AUGUACAAAAUGUGCAAGCUAUCGAAUGUGCUAAACUUUAUUAUCUGCAUUGCCAACUUUAGUCAAAGCUUCGAUGGAGCUCUGGCCCUGAAGCGGGGACCGCACCAUCCGCGCGGAGAGACACGGCGAGUGGAUCAGCAUCUCACCCACGAAGAGCAUCGCAUCGAUGAUGAUCUCAAGGAAAUGGGUGUGCAGGCCAAUCUGGAUGACCUUAGCGAGGAAGAAAAGAUAUUCUACAUGUUCAAGGCCCACGACAAUGACAAUAACAAUGCUCUCGAUGGCCUGGAGAUGAUACAAUCUGCGAUGCAUCACAACUACGACUACUUCAAGAAGAGCGAGCGGGAUGAGUACUUGCAGAAUGCCACCGAUGAGCUAGAGCACUUUAUAGAGGCCAUUGAUAAGUUUCUGCUGAUUGCCGAUGACAAUAACGAUGGGCUGCUGCACUAUCCGGAGUUCGUUAAGGCCAUAACCGGCGGCAAGGAGCAGCCUGACUUGGAGAGGAAUCUGUUGCGCUAAGGCGAUACCAUCUUCCGUAGUAGACACAAUAAUAGAUGUAGAUUAGUUAAAAUAUAUUUAGCAACUAAUUUGAUUUCCAAGCUGAACCAUUUGAGACUGUACACCACAAGCCACAACCCACAAGCCGCCAGCCACCAGCCAAGUUCGGCUACGGCCAGGAAUGCACUAACCUGCACUUCAUUUGUACU